AUGGAUUUCCUCCACUCGCAGCUGGCCAGGAUACAGCACCACCUGGCCUUCGUGGCCGUCGACCCCAUAGACUGGAAGUUCUAUGUGCAGGGCAUAUCAUGGGCCGUCACACUCUUUGAAUCCUACUUGCUGCUCCGACAAUAUCCCCUCUACUCUAAAACAGAGCCCCCGGCAGCGCUCAAGGCACACAUCAGUGCUGCCGAGUUCGAAAAGUCGCAAAAGUACGGCAAAGACAAGGCCAAGUUCGCGCUGUUCUCGGGGUUGUACAAACAGCUCCUCGAUUCGGUCCUCAUUUAUGUCGGCUUCUAUGCAUGGGCGUGGGAGGUCGCUGGACUAGGCAUGGCUAGAUUCGGGUACGGGCCAGAAUAUCAGAUUACUCAGUCCGUUGGAUUCGUGUUUUUGCUGUUCUUCCUCUCGUCGCUCCCGACCAUCCCGCUCUCGGUCUACAGCACCUUUGUCCUUGAGGAAAAAUACGGCUUUAACAAAACCACGCCUGCGCUUUUCGUCACCGACAUGCUCAAAGGUUGGGUCAUCGGUGGCGUGGUGCUUGCCCCCUUCCUGUGGGCCUUUCUCCGCAUCUUCAACUGGGCCGGCGACCGUUUUGUUCCAUGGUUGAUGAUGUUCAUCCUCGCAUUCCAGCUUGUCAUGGUUAUCAUCUACCCCAUGAUUAUUCAGCCCCUCUUCAACAAGCUCUCGCCUCUUCGCCAGGGUGACCUGCGUUCCCGCAUCGAAUCUCUCGCAAGCAAGCUCAAGUUCCCGCUCAAGCAUCUUUAUGAGAUUGAUGGCUCGAAGCGUAGUGCCCAUAGUAAUGCCUACUUCUUUGGCUUGCCCUGGAGCAAACAUAUUGUCAUCUUUGACACCCUCAUUGAGCAGAGCUCUGCGGAAGAGGUCGAAGCGGUGCUUGCCCACGAACUCGGCCAUUGGUAUUACCUGCACCCCACCAAAAUGUUGGCGGUUUCGCAGCUGCACGUCUUUUCGAUCUUCGCCCUCUUCCCCGCCUUCCUUCACGCACCACCCCUUCUUACUUCCUUUGACUUCCCAAAGGCCGUUGCCGCGAAGCCUCCGACUAUCGUCGCGUUCCUGCUAUUCCAGAUGAUCCUUACCCCGCUCGAGGCAUUUGUGUCGAUUGCGAUGCACGCUAUCUCGCGGCACUUCGAGUGGGAGGCGGACCGGUUUGCGUGCGAGCUGCAGGACAUGUUGCCGGGCGAGCAGGAGAAGAUGGCGGAUAUGGGCGACCGAUUGGGGCGCGCGUUGAUCACGCUUCAUGUGAAGAAUCUGUCCACGGUCUGGGUCGACUGGAUGUACUCGGCGUAUCACCACUCGCACCCGACGCUGACAGAGCGGUUGAAAGCGCUCGAGGCCUUCCAGUCGGCGCGUAAAGCCGGCGCAAAGAGGGGUUUGUGA